AUGACACUGUCGUCUAUUGAACAUUGGUUGACGGUACAUAUUCGCUCAUGUCUGAACACAAGGUUCCAUAUCUCAACGCUCAGAAGAGUAGCUUUUCUAAUUGCCCUGAUAUCAUGCGUGGCAUCAGGUCUCAUCACCAUCAUAUCUCUCUUCACUAAGCCGUGGAGGGACCACAUGCACUACACGGCACUUCAAAUCAACCUGAUUUCCAGUGCAGUGAAUUUGGGAGGGUACUUGACCCCACCAUUAUUGGGAGUGCUGUCAGAUUCGCAUGGUCCUGUGAUAUUGAGCUGGCUGGCAGUAAUAGGAUUUGUUCCCAGCUAUGCUUACUCUUCCUACGUAUUUGAACAUGGUGAAACACAUUUCGCGUUCACACUCAUUGCAUUCUGCGCAAUUGGGAUCUCAACAAGCGCUCUCUUCUUCAGUGGCCUGUUGACUUGUGCCAAGCUAUUCCCAAAAUACAAAUUUCUGUCCAUAAGCUGUCCCACCACAUUUUAUGGAUUGUCGUCCCUAGUUGGUUCUGAAGUUUUGAAGCGCGCAUGGUUUUCUCAAGGGCACGAGUAUUUGAAUUUGGGUCGCGUCUUCAAGACUUUUGCCUAUUUUUACGCUGUGGUUGGGACCUUGACGUGGAUCUCAACCAGCAUCGUGGCUAUGUUAAAGCUUGCAGCUGAACAGGAAGAACACCAACCUCUGCUACCGACUGAAUCUAGCGCAUCUGCGAAUGACUACAAAAAACGUAUUGCCCAGUUCGUGAGAGACCCCAGCACUUACCUGACGCUCCUCAUGUUCUUUCUGACUAUUGGUGCGCUCGAGAUGUUUCUCACCAAUAUGGGCUCUGUUGCGCUAUUAGUUUCUCCUGACGAUCGCAACAUUCAGGAUCGCGUUUUGUCAUACUACGCCCUGUCUUCCACUUGCACGCGUCUAAUAGCAGGUCUGACAGCUGAUAUUCUUGCUCAGCACAAAAUUUCUCGCAUUUGGAUCCUAUAUGGAUGCCUACUUCUGGGUUUGUUGGGGCAAGUGCUUAUCGUGAAUGUUGGAACCAGCAAGACUCAAAUAAGUGUUGCGUCUGCAUUGAGCGGAGCUUCAUAUGGUGGUCUUUUUACGAUCUUCCCCACUUUAACUUUGAGUAUAUGGGGUUCCAGUGUGUUUGGGACAGCUUAUGGAUGUUUUAUGGUGGCACCUGCAAUUGCAUCGACAGUUUUCGGGAUACUCUACGCUAGAGUUUAUGACACUCAUUGCACAGGUCAAAUGUUAGGAGCUCAGUGCGUAAAACCUAUUUUCUUUCUGACCACAGUUUCGUUUCUAGUUGCGUUGGCAAUUGGUAUUUCCACAUAUAUGGGCUUCUGGAGACGCAAGAGUUCUGAAAUAUGA